CGCUGCCGAGCCCACAACAGCCCGGCCCGCGGUCCUGCCCGCAGCGACGCUGUGAGGAAGCGAGCGCACACCCGCGCCGAGCGCACCUGGGGGAGCAGCCCCCGAACCUGCACCGCGCCAUGUUUCAACCCGCCGAGCACGCCCCGGAGUGGGCCAUGGAGGGCCCUCGGGACGCGCUCAAGAAAGAGCGGCUGCUGGACGACCGCCACGACAGCGGCCUGGACUCCAUGAAGGACGAGGAGUACGAGCAGAUGGUGAAGGAGCUGAGGGAGAUCCGCCUCGAGCCGCAGGAGGCGCCGCGCGGCACCGAGCCCUGGAAACAGCAGCUCACUGAGGACGGAGACUCGUUCCUGCACUUGGCCAUCAUCCAUGAAGAGAAGGCUCUGACUAUGGAAGUGGUCCGCCAAGUGAAGGGAGACCUGGCCUUCCUCAACUUCCAGAACAACCUGCAGCAGACUCCACUCCAUUUGGCUGUAAUCACCAACCAGCCAGAAAUUGCCCAGGCACUUUUGGAAGCUGGCUGUGAUCCUGAGCUCCGAGACUUUCGAGGAAAUACCCCCCUACACCUUGCCUGUGAGCAGGGCUGCCUGGCCAGUGUGGGAGUCCUGACUCAGACCCGCGGGAGCCAGCACCUCUACUCCAUAUUGCAGGCCACCAACUACAACGGUCACACGUGUCUGCACUUAGCCUCUAUCCAUGGCUACCUGGGCAUUGUGGAGCUUUUGGUGUCCUUGGGUGCUGAUGUCAAUGCUCAGGAGCCCUGUAAUGGUCGAACUGCCCUCCAUCUCGCUGUGGACCUGCAGAAUUCAGACCUGGUGUCACUUUUGUUGAAAUGUGGGGCUGAUGUCAACCGAGUCACCUACCAGGGCUACUCCCCCUACCAGCUCACCUGGGGCCGCCCAAGCACCCGGAUACAGCAGCAGCUGGGCCAGUUGACCCUAGAAAACCUUCAGAUGCUGCCAGAGAGUGAGGAUGAGGAGAGCUAUGACACAGAGUCAGAGUGCACAGAGGAUGAGCUGCCCUAUGAUGACUGUGUGCUUGGAGGCCAGCGUCUGACGUUAUGAGCCUUAGAACUUGUCUGAAGGAACCUGAACUUGUAUAUCUGUACAAAAAAAGAGUUUUAUUUUUCUAAAAAAAAGAAAAAGAAAAAAAUCAGAAGGGUGCACUUUCAACCACACCAUGCACUGCCUGGCCCAGAACAUUGUACUAUAGUGGAUCAGCCCUCAUUUUAUUAUUUCUGUGAACUUUGGGAGACAAGAAAGAUCACUGGAAUUCAAAGCAAACCUCCUUUAAACCUUACCUUUGUGCGGUUUUUGGAGAAGAUUAUCUAAAAUUUGAUAAAGGACUAUUUUAUUUAUUGUGUUUUUUGACUGAAGCACCAUGGAUUCAGUGGCUGAGCCCAGUUGUUUCCUCUGACAUGUAACAAUCAGGUGUGGUGUUAAACCUUUCAGUGGUGUAGGAGUCAAAAGUCACUACCUGUCAAGGUUUGUGUUACCCCCCUGUAAAUGGUGUACAUAGUGUAUUUUGUUGGUAAUUAUUUUGGUACUUCUAAGAUGUAUAUUUAUUAAACAUUUCCACAAACAGAA